AUGAUAGUGGAAUAUAUAGAUAUACUACGUCAGGUAAAUAGUAAUGGUAAUUUAAAUGCAGAUAACAUAGUUGACGAAAUAAAAGGCACACUGCUAAACCUUAGAGGUGAUGUAUAUGAGGAGUGGCGAAAGCAAAAAUUUGAUAUCAAUUAUCUUUUUGUAAGUUCAUUUACUUUUCUACAUGUUGCUAUUCAAAAUGGCUAUGAAAAGGUAAUAGAUGCUUUAUUAGAACACAAAGAAAUAGAUGUUAAUGUGGCCGGUCAAGAUGGUCAGACACCACUACAUUUUGCUGUGAAAGUGAAGGAUAAGAUUCUUCGAAGAACAAUGUCUAUAGACAGUAUAACAAAGAAAAGUGUAAUAGAACGUUUAAUAGAAAAGGGAGCAGAUGUUAAUGCAAGGGAUAAAGAAGGUGGUACUCCUUUAGACUAUGAUAUUAAGGGAGGUCAUUUUGAAAUACAAGAGCUCUUAUUGAAACAAAAUGGUGUACAAGUAGGGUGUGAGGGCUUACAUACUGCUGCUAUGAAUGGGCAUUUAAAUUGUGUAGAAACGCUCGUACAGCAUGGAGUGGGUAUUAAUGAGAUAGAUAAGUAUGGAUUUACUGCUUUGCAUUAUGCUGCUGCCAAAGGUCAUGUAAAGAUAGUGGAAGCUUUGAUAGUAGGAAAAAAAAUAGAUACUAGUUGUGAUUCUGUUAAUAUAACAAAAACUGAAGCAAGUAAUCAAAAGAAAAAGCCAUUUAUAAGAUCGCUUAGCGAAAGCAUUGUGGAUGCAUUUACUCAGAACAAGGCAGUAAAAGAGAAUACAUCUUCUAUUCCUGUGAACACUACAACGGAAAAUAAAGUUGAUAUAAAUGUGAUAAGUAAAAAGGACGGAUUUACACCUUUACACCUUGCUGCAAGGAAUGGGCAUUUAAAUUGUGUAAAAAUGCUCAUACAGCAUAGAGUGAGUAUCAAUGGAGUAGAUAAGGAUGGAUUUACUGCCUUGCAUUGGGCUGCUGCCAAAGGUUAUGUAGAGAUAGUGAAAGUUUUAGUGGAAGGGCAGCUAAUAGAGAUUAGCUGUGAUAUUAGCCAGGAGAGGAGGCAAGUUACAAGAUCACGUAGUGAAGAUAUUUUAAGUGUAUCUACUCAAAGUAAGGCAGUGGUAGUAAAUGAAAAUGUGUCCUCUAUAAAGACUACAACAGAAAAUAAAGCUGAUAUAAAUUUGGUGAGUAAAGAAGACAAGCUUGCACCUUUGCACUUAGCCGCAGGAAGUGGGAGUACAAGUGUAGUUAAACUUCUGAUAGAAAAGGGGGCAAAAGUGAAUCUUCAAAAUAAAAAUGGACGUACGCCUUUGCACUUAGCUGCAGGAAGUGGGGGUACAAGUGUAGUUAAACUUCUGAUAGAAAAGGAGGCGAAAGUGAAUCUUCAAGAUAAAAAUGGACGUACGCCUUUGCACUUAGCUGCAAGAAGUGGGAAUACAAGUGUAGUUGAACUUCUGAUAGAAAAAAGGGCGGGAGUGAAUCCUCAAGAUCAAGAUAGACGUACGCCUUUGCACUUGGCUUCAAGGUAUGACCAUAUGGACGUAGUGGAUGUGCUUGUGAGAAGGAAUGCAAAUUCUAUGUUAAUUGAUAAACGUGGCAAAACUCCUAGAGAUUUAACUACAAGUGAAGGUAUUAGAGAAUUUCUGAGAAGCGCAGAGAAAGUUCAAUUAUUACAACAGGACGUUCAUUACAUAGCGGAUGGAAAUCAAAUGACAUCUUUACACUUGGCUUCAAGGUAUGGCCAUAUAGAUGUGGUAAGGACUCUUAUAAAUAAUGGAGCAAACAUUGAAGCAAGAAGUGGAAAUCAAUAUACACCUCUACACCUUGCUGUUACGGGUAGCCAUUUACCAAUAGUAGAUCUUCUGAUAGAAAAUGGUGCUAAUGUUAAUGCUGUGGAUAUAAAUGGAAAAACCAUACUACACCUAGCAAUUAUAAAGGGACAUGCACAGAUGUGGAAGUCUGUGUUAGGUGUGCCAGGAAUAGAGAUUAAUAUACAAGAUAAGGAUGGGAAUAGUCCUUUGCAUUUGGCUGCUCGUGAGAGGCGAGAAAACCUCAUAAGAGCAUUAGUGAAAGAAGGAGCAAACGUUUCAUUGAAGGAUAAUAUGGGUUCUGCUCCUGGGGAUCUUGGUUUGUGUGAAGAAGCAGCAUGUCCAAAUAUUGGUGAAUGUUGGAAUAAACGUCAUGCUACUGUGAUGAUCCUUGGUUCAGUUUGUACUCGUGCUUGUGCUUUUUGCAAUGUUGCAACCGGAAUUCCUGAUAAGUUGGAUCCUCACGAGCCAGAGAAUCUAGCAAAAGUUGUUAAGAAAUUGAAUUUAAGGCAUGUGGUUAUCACUUCUGUUGAUCGUGAUGAUUUACCUGAUGGUGGUGCAAAUCAAUUCAUCAGAUGCAGGUGCGAUAUGACAGAUAAAGAAGAUGAAUUUAUGAAGCAAUAUAUGGAAACUUGCAAAGAGCAAAUAGAGAAAUUAGCCAAGGAUCCUGAAUUGCUUAGUCAAACUUUAAAGCCGUUUAUGCAGAUGUCUCAGCAGCUUAUGGCUGGUGGUUUAAUGGACGGAGCUAUGCCUAAUGCCAUACCAAAUUUUGGUGGCAGUAUGAGUGUUGAUAAGAUGGUUGUCCAAAUUGAAGAGAUGAUUGAUUAUAUUAGAAACGGCCAUAAGGAAAUAGUUCAAUCACAUAGUAUGCAAGAUGAUAUCAUAAAGGGUCUCGAUGAAUCUAGCAAAAAGCUAAGAGCUCUAGUUAAAAAGUUGAUAGAGAGAAUUGAAGCUUUGAUAAGCGAGUCAGCGAUUGUGAUUGCAUAUAUGAAACCUGAGCAUGCAGCCUGA